UUCAUUCAUCAGUGUCAGUGUCGUACUGUCGACACAUCAACGGCGACGUCACAUGCUUUCGCUGUUUAUCUUAUCAAUUUUCAGUAUUUUAAUUCGAGUGCUAUUGCCCGGUAACUUUUAGAAUACGUAUAUCAUCAUCGCAUCUAAUAACCGAGUCAGUCCAGUCCAAGCGAGAGCAGCUAGAAAAGAGUGUGUAGAAAAUUGUAUAUUUGUGGUAUCGAAGUCUGUACAAGCAGCAAGUGAUUCGAAAUGGCUACAAACGAUGCACCCGUGCUAGAAUCCUGCAUUCCGCUGCCCAUUGAGGAGAAUCGUCUGCUAGAUAUUAUCGAGAAGGCUAAAGAUUGGGCUAUCAUGCAUGGCGCAGCUAUGCGUUCCAAAGCCAACUUCAGUCCGGAUGCCCUGCAGUUUGCUCCGUUUAUCUUGACACCGAGUUCAUUCCCGAGAAAAGAGUUUAUGAAAGCAGUUGAGCUGCAAGUUACGCUGAAUGAACUGAUGCAUUCCGUUGCACACGAUGAAGCAUUCUUGCGAGAAACACUGAAGAAUACGAUUCAGGUUGAUGCAUUCACUGGUUCCUUGUUUGAAAUUUAUGAAACAGUGCUGAAGGAAGGAAUCUCUCAGCCGAUUUCGCUGGGCCUUUUACGAUCCGAUUUGAUGCUGGAAACAAGGUGCGAGAACUCAUGCAAGGUCAGAUGCGCCCGAGCCAAGCCCUACUGCUGCUGGAAACAGGUCGAAAUAAAUUCUAUCGCCUCGGGCUUUGGCCAUCUAGGACCAGCGAGCAAAGCUAUCCAAAGCUACAUCCUAAAGGAGUUGGGACACGCUGACAAGCUGGAUGAUCUCCCCGCAAAUCAUGCUCUCUCGGGCUUGUGCGACGGUAUGGUUGAGGCGUGGAAUAUCCAGAACAACCCGUCAGCUGCGAUCAUGUUCGUGAUAGAGGACAUCACCUACAACAUUUGCGACCAAAGGUUCCACGAAUUCUACAUCCGUGAAACUUACCCUCACAUUGCGGUUAUUCGCCGCACGUUAACCCAAAUCUUUGAACAGGGAAAGUUGGGGCCGAGCGGUGAACUUCUGAUUGGGGAUCUGGCAGUGACGGUGAUUUACUUCCGAGCUGGGUAUGAACCUGGUCAUUACUAUGGGCCCAAUGAGUGGGCAGCACGAUUGCUGAUGGAACGAACCAAGGCCAUCAAAUGCCCUUCAAUUCACUACCAUUUGGCUGGAACCAAGAAGGUUCAACAGGCUUUGGCCAAACCAGGGAUUUUGAAGCGAUUCAUUGAAGAUAAUGCUAAAAUUGACAGCAUCAAAGACAUUUUUACAGGUUUGUACUCGUUGGACAAAGGUGAGGAAGGCGAACAAGCUGUUAAGCUGGCCUUUUCGAACCCGGAACGAUAUGUGUUGAAGCCCCAGCGCGAAGGUGGCGGUAACAAUGUUUACGGUUCGGACAUUGCUGGGGCCUUGGAAAAAAUGAACGAAGACGAACGAUCGGCUUGGAUCCUGAUGGAGCGUAUCUUUCCUCCACUAUCGCGUGGUUAUAUGAUUCGUCCGGAUGGAAAAAUGCCUCCAGAAAUCGUAGAUCUAGUGUCGGAGCUGGGAAUUUUCGGCGCAAUUAUCGGAACGAAGGAUAAGAUCUUGUAUAACAAACAAGUGGGUCACAUGCUACGAACCAAAUUGUCCAGUGCGAACGAAGGAGGAGUUGCUGCUGGACUGGGUGCCUUGGAUAGUCCAUACUUGAUUGAUUAGGAUAAAUAAAUAGCUAAUACUGCUAUCACUUCUUGUGACACUAUUCCAUUAGAUGUAGCAUGUUUUAAAAAUCGAUCGGGUUCAUGUUUAUUUGAUACAAAAUGAAAAUAUUUUUAAUGAAACUUUGCAGUUUUAGAUAAAAGAAAUAUUAUCAUUAGGAUUCAAAUUUAAAAAUGUAAAACGUACACUUUAUUGGAAAUCAGUGUAGCUAAGACACUUUUUUCCGUCAUGAGUAAAAUUUUUAUACCAGCAAGCAACAUUGUGCAAUAUUUUAAUGAAUAAAUAACAAUUCACAAAUCUGAUGCAGUUGGUGUGUAAUCGUAAGCAUAUCAUGAAUAAUUCCACAAAAAAAGCUUGGAGGUUCAAAUGGCAGUGUCAAGUAUCUGUCAACCAUAUGUCUAAUGAAUCACAAUCGUUUGCUACGGAUCGAUUGUUCCGUCGAUCCGUUAUAGAAAAGGUUAUUGGUCUUUCUACUCUUGUAAAUUUUAACAUUACUGUUGUAUCUCCAACAUAGCUAAUGUUGUUUUUUUCUUUUCGGACUGGACUGCAGCCAGUCAACGAUAAUUUUCAAACACUGUAUCGUUCUGAAUACAGAUCACUCUGUGAUAAAUAAGCAAAAUGGAUGAAGAAUACGUUGCGCUGAAGUGGUCUUUUAUCUGACUUUUUCACUAAAUACAUUACUUUAAUAAAGCAUGCAAUUUACCUAUUACCUAUACCUAUAGAUAUCCAUUUACCACUGGACGUGACCCGAGAGAUUUUUUAUAAACUUUGUUUCUUCUUUUGCAAACGAUUUAUGCAUUUUCGGUAACAUAUUAAGGGUACACUUGGAUUCAUAACACUUUUUAUAUACACAAAGUUUAUUUUAA